AUGCAGAUCUCUACAUACGCCCUGCCCGUUGCGCACACCCGCCGAUCAACACCCACAAUCUACACCUGCGGCGACUCCACCAUGGCCAAGGACGGUGCCGACAAUGGACUGACGGACGGGUGGGGCCAGUAUCUCGGAAACUACACCACGGCCACUGUCGUUAACGAGGCCAUUGCAGGCCGCUCGGCACGGUCUUACUGGGAGGAGGGCCGCUUCCAGGACGUUGCUGACCUCCUGGUCGAGGGCGACAUCGUGGUCAUUGAGUUUGGACACAACGAUGGCGGCAGCCCUGAGACUGACGACAAUGGCCGGUCUGACUGCCCCGGCGAUGGCGAGGAGGUUUGCACUUCGGACGCGGACGGCUCGACUGUGUACACCUUUGUGUAUUACAUUAUCCAGGCCGCAAAGCUUAUGAUUUCCAAGGGCGCAACAGUUGUCCUGUCAACUCAGACACCUGACAACCCUUGGGAGACAGGCAGCUUCGUCUACUCGGCGCCGCGGUUCGUUGGCUACCAGAAGAUCGCGGCCGAGGCUGUGGGCAAUAACUGCACCUACGUUGACCACUUCAACGCCGUGGCUCUGAUGUACGAGCAGCUGGGCAACGCCACGGUCAACAGCUACUACCCAAGCGACCACACCCACACAUCCCCUACUGGUGCCAACAUGGUUGCCGAGGCUUUCGUCCAGGCGAUUGCCACCUCGAUGAAUGGUACCACUGGCCUGAUUGACUACAUUUCCAGCGACUAUCCCACUGUUUACUAA